ACAUGAAGCUUGCCCAGGAUUACAACACAGCACUACCUACAGCAUUAUAAUACAUUACAAUCAUCAUAUCAAAUCACAGAGAGUGCCUACCUGCAAGCCCUGCAUAGCGUAACACAACACCCGCAUCACAACAUUGAUAUCUUACGACCAGACCACCAAAAAGUUUUCUUCAAGUUUCCUCAGUUGAUACUUUCAGGGUGAAGAUUUCUAAUAUACGAGUAACCUUACCGGCGCGAAUUCCUUCGGGUCUUGUGAAUCUACCUCUCUCUUUCUCUCUGUUCCUCCCUCCACAACAAAACAACCCAGAACAACGCAACAAAACAAACUCGAUUCUUUGCACCUCAGAUAAUGAACCAUGGCACUCAAUGCUCACAGAUUCGGAAGUUUUAGAAGUAUUCGAAGAAAGUCAUCUAACAACACCAGACACAAUACCAAUCCUAAUCCUAAUCCUAAUCCUAAUACCGGUACCCCACAAGUUACGACAAAUAUAACGACCAAUAAUGAGGGACCACCAGGGCCACCAUCAGAGCUAAUUGCGAUGAGAUAUGAAGAUAUGUUCCCUGGAGCAAGGGCACCAAUUCCCGUCACUGUUGCACCUCCACUUUCUCCACCUACAGAUACGCAUCCUGCAUUUCGACCACGAUCAGUGCUUGACCAAGGUCAUGAACUGAGAACAUUACAGAAGGAGGAUAAUACCAAGAGAGACUCUGGUCUUGCCCCUACCACCAGUACGAGUGCUCGAGAUGGUGAAGGAGCUUCGAUUAAUCGUCACUCUUUUAAUACCGUCGAUAAUGAUAAUGUCUUGGGAAUCAAUAUAAACUUUGAUUCAAAAGUGGCCAUGGCAGAACCAAGCAGCACAAGCUCCACUCCACAAGUUCAAUUGAGCGAUGUGCAAUCACCCGCAUCACCAAAAGCUCCAAGUUUUAUGAAAAAUGAAAGCUUGGGGUCUUCUGCAGGGUCCCUGAAACGAUGGAAAACGAAGAAUGGUAAUUCCACCAUCCCUACCAAUACUGGUAAAUCUAUAGAGUUUCCAGGCGAGCAAUUUUCACCCAUAACCAUUCCAAUCCCAAGUGAAAGUUUAUUAGAAGACGAUUUUAUGCAAUCAAUGUCUUUUUCCAAAAGAGGGAGUAUCAUGUUAGGGGGAAGAAAGCCAAUAAGUGGUCAAGCGCGCACAAAUACGACGCGAAGACAACCUAGCUUUUCUAUGUUAGCCACAACGUCGCCAUCGAUCAAAGUAUUGUCGGACGAUUUGGAAAUGGAGUCGCAAAAGGUCAGAUCUAUGUAUGAGUCGGGGUCGGGCUUCGACUGGCGUGACGGGAAAGACGACUCAAUUGACAAUCGUUUGACAGCUGGAGGGGAAUCGAUACCCGAAAGACCUGUUACGGCAAACAGUUACUUGACUCCCAAUGGCAUUGGGGUACCACAACGAUCCGCGAGCGCAUUGUCGAAUAGAAGACCUGCCGAGUUAGCUGGAGGCAUCGAAGAUUGGGAAGAUGUGAAUGGGAAAGAUGUCGAUAGAUAUGGUUUCAUCAAUAGCGGGAGGACUACCACCAGACCCGGCACACCGGAACCCAAACCACCACAACGGGUCUCUACUGUACUGCAAUUAGCCUCCGAGGCACCACGAAGAAAACGAACAUUUGGUCGAUCGCCAUCUACCGCGAAUUCUCAGAAGGGGUUCAGGCGUGCGCCUAGUCGAAAGGUUUCCGCGAGAUCAUUAAAAAGGACACAAGGGGAUAAUGCGUCAAUACGAAGUUCGCGAAGCUCUCAACUUAGACAAGCUGCCAAUCGAUUACCGGGAAAUAAAGAUAGAAGGUGGAUGGACGAAGCUGGUGACAUGUUGACUCUACCUCCUGGCUUGGCUGAUAUUGCUGAAGAAGUGGAAGGGGGGAAAGGGGCAGAACUGAUGAAGAAGAAAGAAUCCGAAAGAACAGAGAAAUGGAGAAGAAUGGCUAAAAUAAUAAAGGGCAAGGAUGGAGAAGGGAUGGUUUUCGAAUUCGACACGAAGAAUUCCAAGUUGAUAGAAAGGACAUGGAAAGGGAUACCAGAUCGUUGGCGCUCUGCAGCAUGGUAUUCCUUUCUUGCUAGUUCAGCAAAGAAGAGGGAAGAUAGCGCGCAGGAAGGAGAUAUAAUCGAAGCUUUCCAUAAGCUACAAGAUCAAAGUUCGGCAGAUGAUGUUCAGAUCGAUGUUGAUGUUCCUCGGACGAUCAAUAGUCACAUCAUGUUUAGACGAAGAUAUAGAGGAGGUCAGAGAUUACUCUUUAGAGUUCUUCACGCUUUAUCACUAUACUUUCCUACUACUGGCUAUGUUCAGGGCAUGGCGUCAUUGGCAGCUACUCUUCUGUGUUAUUAUGACGAAGAGAAAUGUUUUGUCAUGCUCGUACGGAUGUGGACUUUGCGUGGGCUAGAGAAAUUAUACGAACCAGGGUUUCCGGGUUUGAUGGCUGCUUUAGAUGAGUUUGCAACUACGUGGCUAGAUAAUGGUGAGGUUUCGGCUAAGCUGAACGAACUUGGUAUUGAACCCACAGCAUACGGUACUCGAUGGUAUCUCACUCUCUUCAACUAUUCCAUUCCUUUCCCAGCUCAACUCCGCGUUUGGGAUGUCUUCAUGCUUCUAGGAGAUGAAGAUCAAUCAUUACCUUACAGCAAAGAAAGACCAUUUGCAGGUGGUUUGGAUGUUAUUCAUGCUACUAGCGCCGCUUUAAUCGAUGGUACGAGAGAUAUAUUACUCGAUAGUGAUUUCGAAAGUUCAAUGAAAGUCCUCACGAGUUGGAUCCCAGUCAAGGAUGAGGAAUUAUUGAUGAAGGUCACGAAAGCGGAGUGGAAGUUACAUCGAGGGAAGAAGAGAAGUUGAAUUGUGAUUCAAGAAUAGAGAAGAAAAGAUACCCCAGUUGAGUUUAUCAAAUCGACAUCACAUAGUCAUACAUCUUAUCAAUGUAUGACUGACACGAUGAAUAUUUUCCUUUGUUUUAAUGUCUUGAUGUUUUGGUGGCAUUUUGUCCACUUCUUAUUUGUUUUUGAUUUUUGAUUUCUACGGAGUAGUUGCAAGAGCGUCUUUUUACUACUGCAUUAUACCAUACGUGUUUGGGAUGGGAUUUUAUAAUACCUGUUUUAAUUUGGUGGCUUUCUUCUUCGAGCAGGAGAGGAAGAGCGAGGG